AUGAUUACCAUUGGUUGUGUUAGUCUUUUAUUACUUUCAUUUGUCAAUAAUGUUGCUAGCAAUUGCUUAGUUACCGGUUAUUGUGGUACUAAUCAAUGCUGUUCAGCAUUUGGUAGCUGUGGUGCAGGUGCUUCAUAUUGUGGUGGAGGAGCUGUUGCAUAUCCAGGAUGGUCAGGUACACCAUAUGUUAGUGGUGAUUGUCGUAUCGUAGGCUGUGGAGCUGGUUAUUGUUGUUCACCAUACGGCUAUUGUGGCGCAUCAACUGACUAUUGUGGUACUGUUGUUGUUGUUGCACCUGCGCCUGCUCCAGCUGCUGCUGUAGGUCAAUGUCGUUUAACUGGUUGUCCAGCUGGUUCAUGCUGUUCACAAUAUGGAUAUUGCGGAAAUACAGCCGCUCAUUGCGGUGUUGCUACCUAUGGUAAUUGUGGUGCUACUGCUUGUGGUUCUGGUCUUUGUUGUACACGAUAUGGAUAUUGUGGUUCAGUUAAUGUCUAUUGUGCAUUUCAACGAUCAGGAGCAAGUAAUGCUCAACCAGCUCCACUUGAAGGUGAAUUCAGAGGAGACGCAACAUAUUAUAAUGAAACUAAAGUUAGUUCACAAUAUUCAACAUGUGGUACUGAACGUGGUCGUUCAUUAAAUGAAGAUAAAGAAAUAGUUUAUGGUGCUGCUCUCAAUCAAAUACAAUUCGAUCCAUACACUGUCAAUGGUAUUCCAAGUAAUAAUCCAAUUUGUCACAAGAAAGCUUUAGUAAAAGGACCAAAAGGUGAAAUAACAGUUCGAUUUAUUGAUCGAUGCCCAGAUUGUAAAGAAGGUGAUAUUGCUUUAACACAAGAUGCAUUUAUUGCUCUUGCCGGAGAACUUGGCACUGGUCAUACAAACGUCGAAUGGCAUUUUAUUUAA